CAGCUGUAACAACACCAAUUGUUGCUGAUUUCUUCUCAUUUUGUCUGUCGGCUUGUUUCGGAUCUGGAAUUUCGAAUUUUGUAUUUAUAGAGUGAUUUUACACUAUGGCUCACAUGUCUCACAUGCUCCAGCAGCCAUCGACGUCAACGCCAUCCAACGUGGGCUCCAGCUCAUCGCGCACGAUGUCGUUGAUGGAGAAACAAAAGUACAUCGAGGAUUACGACUUUCCAUACUGCGACGAGAGCAAUAAAUACGAAAAGGUGGCGAAAAUUGGCCAGGGCACAUUCGGUGAGGUUUUCAAGGCUCGUGAGAAGAAGGGAAACAAAAAGUUUGUGGCCAUGAAGAAGGUGCUGAUGGACAACGAAAAGGAGGGCUUUCCUAUCACGGCGCUUCGAGAAAUCCGCAUCCUGCAGCUGUUGAAACACGAGAACGUGGUAAAUCUGAUCGAGAUCUGCCGCACUAAGGCCACCGCCACAAAUGGUUACAGAUCCACAUUUUAUUUGGUCUUUGAUUUCUGUGAGCACGAUUUGGCCGGCCUUCUAUCCAACAUGAAUGUGAAAUUCAGUCUUGGUGAAAUCAAAAAGGUUAUGCAGCAGCUGCUUAAUGGAUUGUACUACAUCCACAGCAACAAGAUCCUGCAUCGAGACAUGAAGGCUGCCAAUGUGCUGAUAACUAAGCAUGGUAUUCUCAAACUGGCGGAUUUUGGCUUGGCCCGUGCCUUUAGCAUUCCAAAGAAUGAGAUCAAGAACCGGUAUACCAAUCGCGUGGUGACUCUCUGGUACCGACCUCCAGAGCUACUGCUCGGCGACCGGAAUUACGGUCCGCCUGUGGACAUGUGGGGAGCCGGCUGCAUUAUGGCAGAGAUGUGGACCCGCUCGCCCAUUAUGCAAGGAAACACAGAGCAGCAGCAGCUGACUUUCAUCUCGCAGCUGUGCGGUUCAUUUACGCCGGACGUGUGGCCUGGAGUGGAGGAGUUGGAACUGUAUAAAUCCAUUGAGCUACCGAAGAACCAGAAGCGUCGCGUCAAGGAACGACUGCGUCCAUAUGUCAAGGAUCCCACCGGCUGUGAUCUGCUAGACAAGCUGCUUACUCUAGACCCAAAGAAACGCAUCGAUGCGGACACAGCUCUCAACCACGACUUCUUUUGGACGGAUCCCAUGCCCAGCGAUUUAAGCAAGAUGUUGUCUCAACACUUGCAGAGCAUGUUCGAGUAUCUGGCGCAGCCACGCCGUAGCAAUCAGAUGCGCAACUAUCACCAGCAAUUGACAACAAUGAACCAGAAGCCCCAGGACAACAGUAUGAUUGACCGGGUCUGGUAGACUGCCAGAGGUGCACGCACCCAUAUAUGUACUAUAAGUUUCUCACUUUCAACUAGUGUAUGUAGGUAUUAGGAUUAUAAAGUGUAUAAUAAAAAUAUUGGCAUUCGCAUUAGCACUUGCCCUAAAAAUCGUUAAAAAA